GAUAAACCCGGACUACUCUUUGCACCGACAGUUCCUUGGUGAUUAGGAAUACUUCUGAAAUCACACGUCUUUCAUUAUACUGCAUUGUCCUAUCAGCGCAACGGAUCAGCUUCCCAUGGCUUUCAGAUCAACCCUAAGAAAUUACCUCGGGGUAAGGGCCGGUAAAACCUAGGAAGAAAAUUAAAACGGAGGUGACGUUAAGUAUAAUAAUGCAUUAUUACAUUCUGAUUCAUUGCACGUCAUAAAGUACGACUCAACACGUUGAUAUCAAUUGUAUAUCAUCAUCGGGGAAAUCUGGCCGAAAGUGGAAUUCUGGACUACUUCGUGCGUGUAACACUUUGUCACGUUUUGCUGUAGUACGUUCAUAUCUGAAGUAGAUCUCGUAUGACUUUCAAUGACCAAAACGUGAUCUCUUUAUCUGGUUUCUUCACUUUAUUUAGCCAUACCUCAUUAUCUUGCCAGUGGGAGUAGAUGAUUGCCAAUUUUCAUAGCAUUCGUUACUGUGAUUACUGAAGAGUGCUCAUUAAAACAACAUGCCCUUCAAGCCCUUCAGAUGGGAUUGCGUGCGUAUCACUUGGAAAAAAAAGAAUAGUGGUAUGGUGCAAGUGUAAUCAUCUUGAUUAUUUUUCACAACCUGGAAUUGACCUUAGAAAUAGUACGCAAGAGAGGAGAUGAGAAAGUAGGGCAUCAGGUGGAAUCAAGGGGAUGUUUCUUCAAAUUGCUAUCAUUCACGGUAACCUCGAACAUGUGCACGGGAUCAGACAACAUCGCCUUCAUUCACAGUGACGGAAACUAAAUCACUUUGAUAAGCCUCUGCGUUGGAACGUUAUAAAGGAGACAUGUAUUGAGCAAUUCCACAAACAACGCACGACUUGUAGAGGGCAGUUUCGAUGGAUGUCAUGGGAAACUUUUCUUCGAGUGUUAACAGUAAUGCAAAGAUGGUGUCAGAAAGCGAGUUUACAAGUGAUUAUUCCUUUGAUUAUAACUACACGAUGCCUCCGUAUCCGUCUCGCGACAACUUCAAUAUAAUUUUCUCCGUGUUUGCUGGGUUUAUCUGUUUUGUUGGGAUCGUAGGAAACUCGUUAGUAAUCGUUGUUACUCGUAACCGAUUAAAGGGCUUACACAAGACCAUGAGCGUCUUCAUACUUAACCUCGGAGUAGCAGAUUUCUUAUUUCUUGUAUUUUGUGUGCCUAUAUCAGUCGUCAUUUUCACAUCGGAAUCUUGGCAUUUAGGGUUGUUUAUAUGUAAGCUCUACGAGUUCCUGGUGCACGCGUCAAUGUUAGCAAGCAUAUUUACACUGGUAGCUAUGUCCCUGGACAGGUUCUCAGCAGUGGUGUAUCCGUUAAAGUUGAUACAACAUCGUUCCAUUUCAAAUGCUAAAAUCAUUGUCAUAUCAAUUUGGAUUGUUUCAUCCGCUUGUGCUGCUCCACAUUUGGUUUACAAUGAAGUCAAAGACUACGGCGAAGGUAUGCAACUCUGCCAGACAGUAUGGCCGACCCUGGAGGCCCGGAAAACGUACCUUACAUUUGUAUUCUUAGUGGGCUAUCUGUUACCGCUGUUCUUUGUGACGUGCGCUUACGUGAUGAUCCUGCAUGCUCUUUGGAAGACUCUCCGCAUCAUGAAAGGGUCGCGCGAAUCCAAUAUGGGCAAGUCUAAGCGAAAAGUAACAAUAAUGGUUUCUGUAGUUGUGCUUGUCUUUGGUUUGUGCUGGUUCCCCCACCACCUCAUCUUCAUGUGGCAGAGCUAUGGUGACUUUCCUUACAACGAAGGAACGAUCAAACUCAAAGCCGCUUCUCUGUGCCUUUCUUACAUCAAUUCGUGUCUCAACCCAAUCAUCUAUUCAAUCAUGUCCGAAAACUUUCGCAAAGCCAUGAAGAAAGCCCUGCAGAAGUGUGGCGCGGACUCACCAAACCCUCAAGGUAGUGGACACGGCAGGGGAGCGCCUAUCAUUAGACUAACACCAGUCACACAGCACAAUCAUCAUUUCCAAGCUAACCACCACCAGGAAUCCAACAGGCGAUAUUAUCCUCACCGUAAUCAUCAUCGUCAUCGUCUCAGCGAUUCGAAUCGAUUACAGAAUACGAGUACCAAACCGAUAACAUGGUAGAAUGGUAUAACUCAGUGACGUUCCAAGUCCGUCUUGUUAUGUAUAUAUAAAGUGAUUCAGACCACUUACAAAGAGUCUUGUUGCCCAGACGUCUGCGUCCAAAUCUACUGCAAGUCCACAAUGCAAACGCACUUGAUUUUCAAUCAAACACGAUUUCCUAUCAAUGAGGGACUUUGUUUGAUGUUUUGAGUAAUGGUCAAACGAUACCAUGGUACAGUGGACGGUAAUACAUAUCCAAAAUUUCUCAUCCCUUCCCUCCCCUCCUUUCCGCUUGUAUUGUUUAGCAUUGCUUUUCCAGAAACUUUAUAGUAAACCUUUGUUUCUAGAAAAAUGGGAAAUCGAUGACAGUUCACUUGAAUGCCACCUCGUCAGUCAUUAUUAGUGUAUUGCGUUCUUUGGAAUGUUCUCGCCCUUUUAACGUGAAAUCGUCCCCAGUCACACAAACGAAUCCGAUCCUAGACCGACCAAACUUUAUCACAUUAUAUUAAAUGGGACACUAUCGGACGGAGUCGGUUUUGUUAGUGUAACUGGGCAUUACACUUAACGAACUUUAUGAACAGCGUAUUUCCCCCUUGAAUAUACAAUGUAUUCAAGCGUAUGCAAAUACUAUUAGGAUGGUAUGCAAAGGUAUUCUUAUCUGCGCGUAAAAACAGCUACAAGUUUAUGGACAACGGUAAUGAUAACUUGUCCUUCUUUUAUUGCGUUCAAUGUUUAAUAACUCUCGUCGAUAAUGCAAGUAUCGUCAUAUCAUUUUCAAUAUUUGUGUGAAGUAUUUGGAUUCUAUGAAGCCUGUCGAGCUAAUACUUUUUUUCAUGCGUAUUUGUAAGGUAGGAUAUAAAAUAAUAUUUUUUUCCUAAUUAUUACGAAAAUAAAGAGGCCACUUUCUUUAUUUCCGCAAGAGUCCAUCGAAAGUGUGAAUAAGAAAGUGUAUGGUAUUAAAUAUUUUAUAUUUUGAUAGAACCAUACUUAAUACAUGGAAAAAAAUCGUGUUACUAAGUGAUCGUUGGGUGAUGAAUAGAUAUGCCUAAUAGUGAUAAUAAUUAGUUCCAUGACAUUUUGCUACGGCGACAAUUGCUCUGAUGGCAAAUGUACACGUUGAGCAAAACAUAUAAACUAACGUCCAAAAUUAGAUCAGCCAUAGUCCUCAUAUUUCCAUUUUUAUGAAUCAGAAACUCUAUUACAAUCCUAACUGUAAACCUAUGCCCUCUGAGAUAUUAAGGCCUGAGCAAAUGUCGUGUAAUAAUAUGGUAGAGAUUCAUACAACCAUGGAGGUAGAAAGGAUAGAGUGACAACGAUAUGCAAAUAGCUUCAUAUUUCUCAAGAAGUACAAAAGAAUCCACAUGUGCACUGUAGCUUUUGGCGGUGACCUACGAUGCCGCCAGUUUUAGGCGAAAACUGAAAAGUGAUUAGUGUUGAAAAUAGAUAACUGGGAUAUUUCCAUUUUAUUCCAUCACAAAACAUGGAUAUUAAACACAUGACGAAAUAUACUGCAUACAUGUAUCGAACGCUCAUCGUGUCCAGAAAUAGGGCGAAAUAUAUUUUGUCUACGAUCUGCAUGAAAUAUGCAAUAGAACACAUGUGUAUCAUAUUAUAUCAUUGCGGCAUCAAAGUGACUAUAAAGGGAUUGUGUUUGAUGGUUCUCCAUCACUUAAAACUCCUUGAUAGAACUCACAAACUUUCCAAAGACGCUCAUGAGUCAUGACAAAUCACAUUUUUAAAAGAAUAACAUGAACAGCGGGGAUUUACCAGCGUUCUUUGUAACUUUUUAAAUGUUCCACGGUUCAACGAAAAAUGUGUGAACUUCCAUAUUUCUAUAACAGGUGGCAACUGCCUCUUCGUUUCACCAAUUUUCAACAAAGACUUCCCAGCUGUUCUCCUACAAAUACAACUACAACAACUAACACUACUACUACUGCUGCUGCUGCUGCUGCUGUUGCUACUACUACUAUUACUACUACUACUACUACUACUACUACUACUACUACUACUACUACUACUACUGCUGCUGCUAUUGAUGUUGCUACCUCUACUAUACUACUGCUACUGUUGUUUCUACUACCAUUACUACUUCUACUACUACUACUACUACUACUACUACUACUACUGCUACGACUACUACUACUACUGCUGCUGCUACUACUACUACUACUACUACUGUUUUCACUGCUAUUAUUAAACCAUUCCUAAUAGGGCAAUUCCAUGCUUGUAAAAUCUACCAUUUUCAAUCGUCUUCUGAACUUCGUAACUAAAGUUACGACUACUUAAACUACUCUUCCUCCUACUACUACUAUUACUACACUUACUACUUCUACUACUACUACUACUACUACGACUACUACUACUACUAUACUAACUACUAAUACUAGUAGUGUAGUAGUAAUAGUACUACAUUAGUUGUUGUAGUACCACUACUACACUGCAAAAACUCUGGUGUUGAUUUAACACCAGCCCGGAAUCUAUAUAUGUCCACACCAGAGAAGUGUUAAACAACACCAGUUUCGUUUGGUCUAACACCAGAUAGGUGUUUGUACAACACCAAUUAGUAUUAAAACAGCAUCGGUUUGAUUCCAAACUGGUGUUGUUUCAAUACUUCUCUGGUGUGGACAUAUAUAGAUUACGGGUUGGUGUUAAAUCAACACCGGAGUUUUUGCAGUGUACUAAACUGCGACAACUACCACUACCGUUACACUUACUACUACUGAUUAUGCUUCUCAUAAUGAUUACACAUAUUACUCAUGUUGUUGCUAUUGUCUGUGUUAUACUUCUUCUUACACUCUUUAAAUAUCAAUUCUUCUGCAAAAACUCCGGUGUUGAUUUAACACCAGCCCGGAAUUUAUAUAUGUCCACA